ACAACUUGCUGCAGUGUGAUUAUGAUUGAAGAGUUGCACCCAAUGACAUUGAGCAAGGGAGGUAGACAAAAGAAUGGGUAGGUCUACAAACUAAAGAGAGGAAGAUCGAAUUCUUUGUGCACAGGCUGUUGUUUUAUGCGAAGGGUCUGCUGAACAAGAGAAUAGUACGACUGGCUGUGAACCUUGGAGACAAACUGGAACCUGAGGUCGUGACGAACUCAACUUCAUCGUCGUAUUUAAUGUUGCAGUAAAUGGUGACGCUAAGCAUUUUUACUUUGAAAUAGGGAGUCCCUGGAAAGGGCAUGAACGCUUGGCUGCAGGUUGUAUACUCCACGAUGGAAGCUGCUGCUCCUGCCCAGUCCACAGUAGCUGACUCUUCUGAAUUCUGGAGGCGGUCAGGGGAGUGUCGGAGAAGGAAAGCUGCCUCCCCAAACAUCUUCCAGGGGGUAAACAUGCAACAGUUGCAGCGACUCUUCCGCAGGUCAGGGGACCAGCGAGCAGAGCAGAGGGCAGAGCUGGUGUGGGAGCACGGUAAUGAGAGCGAGCUGGCUCAGGCGCUGAUCGGACUGAGGCAAGGGAGGAGUCGCAGGCACAGGACUGGCCGGGGUGCUGUGGGACCGGUGUGGCUCAAAACUUUCGGGAAGAUGAGAAUCAAAGAGGGCGAUACAGAAGUGGAUGAUGAUGAUUCAGAGGCUGAUUCCAGUAGCACUGACACUACUGUAGCCGCCCAGUGUGAUGCACUGACUGACAGAAAGGCAUACAGCGAGCAGGACUCAAGCCAGCAAGCAAGCUCACCCCAGAGCAGCAGAAAGAGCACUGGGAAGCAGGAAACACAGCGGGACCCUGAGCGAUACCUCCAUCACAUCCUGCAUUAAAGAAGAUGGCAGAAGCACACAAACACACUACAGAUCCACAGCUGCCCAGAUCAUCAGGUUUGCAACCUGAGAGACUGUGCUGGACAACAGAGACUUAACGGUGUGUCCUGACUGAUUUAAUACUAUUAUGACUUGGUCGGCACUGACCAUUAUAGUGAAUUUAACAGCAAAAUGUCCUUUUUUUUGAACAAAGGAAAGCCUUUGCUUUUAUUGUAACACUAUUUAUUAUCCCUUUCAUUACACUAUUCCAGAUUUCUAAAACAGCAUAAAAAAUGUUGGAACUGUGAAUUUUUAUAUAGAGAGGUAUAUAUAAACUUAGCUACCAAGUUUGUUAAACAUCUGUCUCUCUUUUAGCAAGAUACUCGUGCCCUAACUAUUACUUGCAGCAGUACGCAGGUUAUCAAUCACAGGGUGAAUUUUCAUGCAGGAGGGGAAACACUACAAUAUCAGAGAUAUGAAUAGAAGUGUCCCUGAACAGAGCUGCUAUGUAAAACAAUAUUUCUAGUCCACUGCCUCAGGUCACAAAACUGAUCAAACUAACCUGAGAAAGAGGGGAGCAUUUCAUUUCCAAAGACGGGCUGACACUGCUUUUAAAACAGAGUACCUAUGAGGGACACAGACAGAGAACAAUUUUGAAUUCCUAAAAACUGAUUUCUUGUAGGAAAUCAGGAUGCUGACUGACCUUUCCUCACAAGUGCUGUUUACAGCAUGGAUUUUGUUAUAUCUUUAUGUUUUCCUUUUUGUUUGUUUUUUGUUUCAAAGAACAGAAAAAGUAUAGAAAUGUUUUAAAGCUAGAAAAU